GCGAGCAAGUAGUUGUGAAUUUGAUCCGAAAAUAUAUUGAAAAAUAAAUGUAUUUACUAUCAGAAGAAAUAAAUCAAUAAUAGAAAUGCCAUAAAACAUUACAAUGAAUCCUAUUCUUGUACUGUUCCUCACAUUUAUUCUUAUUUACUCUUGUGUAUCGUGGUUAUUGCCUACAUUAUUAUCAUGGCUAUUCAAAAGAAAAUACCACAUCAAAUUGAAAAUUGGGAGGAUAGCUGUCCUGAAACUCAUAUUACGGGAUGUCAGUCUAUCGAAAGAUGGCUAUUCUAUUCACAUAGAUGAAGUAUCCUUUCGAAGCAGCUGCUUCAAUUCAGAAAUAAAUAAGCUGGUGUCAGUUGUGAUAAAGUCCCUCAAGGUGACAAACAAUGCAGAAGAGAAAAGAAAUGCUGUCGUUGAGACAAUCCUUAAGCCACUGCUGUCGAAACAGAACUCAAGUUCUAAAGAAGCAAUGGUAGAUGAUAGCAGCAAUAUUCAGGCUCUAGAGAAGGAACUAUGUAGCUUGAAACAACAUAAAAUGCUGGAUUUUAGGGAUAAGAAACUGCCACCAAGUUUGAUUAUGUUUGCUCAGUUCAUGGGUGUGCACAUAUUCAAUGCAUCGAUAACGUUACACAGUGCGACAGACAACGGCUGGUAUGUCUAUGCGAAAGCUUCAGAAGUCCAUGCUGAUGGUGCUGCGGGGGGUCCAGCGAGAGCUCUGGUGUUCUCCGCUAAUGUUGUAGAGGCGGAGGCUAAGGUUAUGGCCGGUGGUAGCACUCUAGUGGAUGCCGCGUGUUGUGUGCUGGUCGAAGGAACUGUGAAGGCUGAUGGGCCUUUGAAUGUUGAGAAAAUCCACACAGUAGUAAGUAACCCAUCAGUGGUGCUGCAAGAUGAUUUGUAUAUAUUUCUACAAAAGAACAAGAGAAGGAAACCUGCGACAACACCAGUGUCUAGUGAAGAUCACCUCGUCUCUCUCAUACCUAGACUCUCUCCUGUUAUACCAAAGAUAUUUAGUUUGAAAAUUGGACCCGCGUCAGUUGCGUGCGUCUAUAAUAUCACCAACACGCGUUUUGAAGUGUCGCUACAGAGUUUACAAGUGAACUCGAGAUUCAGUGCAGCAUCAGUAGUAGUGAGUGCGAUCGGUGCAGAAGUACUCAGUCUACCGCAAGUAUAUGUGGCGUAUCAAAUGGACGGCUUCCAAGUCACCGCGAGAGAUGACACGCUGCUCUAUCUGAAUAAAUUGAAAUUGGACGCUAAGUUGGAAAAAGGUGUUCUAAACCUAUACCUCAUAAUCAGCACGCUAAACGUGACAUACGAACACAGAAACGUAUUUAUGUGGUAUUCCACAAUACUACAAAGGAUCAAGAGCUCACGAUCCAUGCAAAUUCCCGAACCUAAGCAGAAAUCUUGGGAUGCGGAAGCGUGGUGGUCGCGCAUGUCACGUAGUUGUGCACUACAAGGUUGCGCGGAACUGCGUGCUGUGCUCAUACGCACUAGCCGGGUGCGCGGGGCCCCGGGGUCCGGGACCCGCGGGGAGCCGGUCCUCACGGGGCCCGCGGGGGAGGGGUUUACCGUGGGCUGCAGCGGGCUGAAGGUCAAGUUCGAUCAGCUGCUGGAUACUACUGAGGAGACAUACAAGUCAACUGGUCGUCAAUGGAGUGCGGAACUGCUGAUAGACGGCGGGUGGGCGGGCACGGGGCGGGGCCUGCGCGGCGCGGGGCGGAGCGAGGCGAGCGCGGCGCGGGGCGAGGCGGGCGCGGCGCGGGGCGAGGCGGGCGCGGCGCGGGGCGAGGCGGGCGCGGCGCGGGGCGAGGCGGGCGCGGCGCGGGGCGAGGCGGGCGCGGCGCGGGGCGAGGCGAGCGCGGCGCGGGGCGAGGCGGGCGCGGCGCGGGGCGAGGCGGGCGCGGCGCGGGGCGAGGCGAGCGCGGCGCGGGGCGAGGCGGGCGCGGCGCGGGGCGAGGCGGGCGCGGCGCGGGGCGAGGCGGGCGCGGCGCGGGGCGAGGCGAGCGCGGCGCGGGGCGAGGCGGGCGCGAGGCGCGCGCACACGUGGGGCGGAGCGCUGCUCGCGGUGGCUCUUGUCAAGUGGGGGGCGCAUGCGCCGGCGCACUCUAAGAUAGAGGCAAUGAUGGACUGUCUCCGUUUAGAAUGGAGUCCGGCUCUUGCAGAGACAGUUCUAUCUCUCAUAGAUAAUAUCAAUCAGUUUAAAGGCCCCGCUAAGAAAGUUCCUACUGUAGACACCACAGAGACCACUCACAAUGUGUCCGUGAACGUGGCUCUGUCGCACAUUAAUCUGUUUCUUAUAGUUAGCGAUAACAUUUGCCUCAUGACCAGGAUAGAUGCUAUUACGUUGGAGAAAUCUAAAAGUAAAUCAGGUGCUGUUAUAUCCGGGAUGAAAAUGGUCGAAAUUGUUCCAUACCAAGGAAAUGUACCCUGUCAUAGAUCUGAUGAAAUACUCUCAUCUUUUUUCUACGUGAAAUUAGCAAGAAUUGAGCGUAUUUCAUCGAAAGAAAGAAAUUCCGUUUUGUUAGACUUCCAAUUUUUGGAAAACGUUGAAUUCGAAUGGAGUCCUAACUUGUAUCUUAAGAUAUUGACAUUUAUAAGAGCAUUUAGAGGCUUUACACGAGAUUUGAAAGAAAGAAGAGAAGUAGACCGUACAGCAUCUUCAACGAAGAAAGAGAAGGCGACAGAUUGGCGAGUUUCCUUUAAGACUGAAACUAAUUUGGGACUUGCACUAUCGAAAGAAAAUAGUAUGGUGUUUUCUACUGAUGACAUGACAAUAGCAUACGACCACGAGAUAGGUCUGUCGAUAGUUUGGAGUCAACUGAAGAUGAUAUUGAAUGGAGAUGAGAUCAUCACUGUAGAGGGAUACUCUAUGGAGCGAGUGUCUGAUGACCCGGAUAUCAGAAUUGAGAGGAAAGCUAAUGAGGGAUUCAAACUUAUGUGGAAUAAAGUUUGGGCAGUGAACAUAGACUCGAUCCGCGUGAUCUUCCCGUACAAGCAUCGGUUCGCGGAGGCGGUGCAGGGCGACUUUGUAUCGCUGUUCAAGUGGAUCAAGCACGUGCACGGGAUUAAGAAGAAGCCCUUCACCCAGGAUAGCCCUUUGCCUAGCGAUCUGCACAUAAAGAUCGAAGAGAUUUUGAUUGAAAUGAGCGAUGAUCCGUUUGAAGUUAAACUGCGAGACAAUUAUGAACUUCUCGAAGAUGAGUACAAGGAGAGUCAAAAGCGGCGAACUAUGCUAGAUGCUAAGGUGCAAGAGCUGUGCAAGCCGCACCUGUUCCUGCCGGCGGGCAAGGUGGAGGAGCUGUACGCGGCGCUGCGGCAGAAGGACGCGCAGAUCUACGUGCAGCGGUGCCGCGCCGCGCCGCCGCCGCGCCGCCGCCUCGUGGCCUGCUGCCUCGCGCGCCUCGCGCUGCUGGCGCUGGCCGACCCCGCGCUGCACGGCGCGCCCAACGCCGCGCGCCGCCUGCGCGAUAUCGACUGCGACAGUCCAUGGCCAGAAGAAGGCAUAGAAUUCACAACAUUAUGGUGCCGCAUGAUAAACGUCUCAGUGGCGUCGUGGCAACUGCGCCUGCGCGAUUUUCCGCAGCCGCUACUUAGCAUGAGCGAGAUGAGGCUAUGGGGCACUAUGCUUGCUGCGGAAGAACAGGCUCCACCCAGAGCGGUCCGCACGGUGGUUAUAGACCAGGGUGAGCCAUGGGGCAAGUUCGAGCUAGAGCGCAGCAUGAUGCCGCUCAAGUGGUACUACGACCUGUGCUGUGAGAUGACGGAGUACAGCUACGCGUUUGGACCCUGCUGGGAGCCGGUCAUCGCGCAUUGUAAUUUGGCGUUUGACCAAGUAUCACGCCCAUCACUGGACCCAUCGGCUCCCCUGACUUGGUGGGACAAGGUUCGAUUACUGUUCCACGGCCGACUCACGCUUAAUUGCGCUAAAUUCACGUGUCUGCUGCACGUUUCAUUGGACCCCUACAAUACGACUGAGGAGAUGGAGGUGACUUGGACCGAUUUGGUGUUGGACUGGACCAAUGGUAAGCUAGGCUUUCUCGGCGAGCUGAAAGUGUUUGUCCGCACGGCCAGCAAGUACGACGACUGCCGCGUGCUGCGCGUGCCCGCGCUGCGGCUCAGCAUCAAGCUGGGCUGGCAGGCUGUGGCCGACCCGCGCGACCACCACGCAGUCGCGCCCUGUGCGCCCACGCGACUGCCGGAGUACUCCAGCAAUCAGGAGCACGAUUCGUACAGAGCGUUUCGCUCGCAAGGUGUCGAUCUGCAUUUGAGUAUGGAUACCAAACCUAUUGAAGGAGAUGGCCCUGUUUUACUGUUAUAUGGCAGUACUCUCAGAUGGUUCGAAAGUUUGAAACUAAUAUUAUCGGGCACAACGCGGCCCACACGACGCGGACGCAUGUUCAACAACUUAAAACCGCGAAAGCCUCAACUGUCAAGGCAUUAUAGGAAUGUUGCUGUCUCGCUUACAUUACACAACCUGCAGGUGUUCUACUGGUCGUCCUCCUCCAUGCAGCGCGGUAUAGAGAUGCUGGGCGUGCGUGUGACAUGCGGCUCCCGUCACCGCCUGUCCCUUGUGCCCGGGUCAGAUGCGUUGAUACGUCGUGCACGCGCAGUGUGGGCGACGUUGUAUAUGAAUUGCGACCUUAACGACGUGGAGAUAUGGCUCAAAACGCCCGCGCAACAGCCGCAUGAGGAGAAAGAUGGGGAGGAGAAUCCAUCCCUCCUCUGUCCCCCCGCAAUGGAAAAAUGCUAUUGCCUAUCCGUACGCCGCGUGUCCUACGGGCGGGAAGCCAGCGGGGCGGGGGUUGCGGGGGUGACGGGGGGCUCGGGCCCGGCAGCGAGCCCUGCGCCUGCGCACCGUCUAGCUGUGCACGACCUGAGGGGGGCUUGGACCAAGUUGAACAGGGAUCUGGCGUUCGCGCUCAUUGAUACGUAUAUUAAAACGCAGCAACUUAAGAAAAACUUAUCAACAAAAGCCUUAAAAGAAGAAGAGAAGCCGGCGACUUCUCCCAAACAGCAACGAGACACAGAUGUAGUGUCACCGCCACCCGCUUCUUCACAAGGUGGCGGGGCGAGCGGCGGCGCGUGCGCGGAGGGCAUGCUGGCCGCGCUGGUGGCGGAGGCGGGCGAGGCGGGCGGCGAGGCGCCCGUCGUGUUCAGCGACGAGCUGGCCGGCGCGGAGGGCGACGCGCCGCCCGCGCACCCGCCGCACCUCAGGCACGUGCUCGAUGAUGAGAACGCGCACACGGCGUGCUUGAUCGAGCUGGUGAACUCGCAAGUGGUGCUGAAGGGGUGCGAGACGCGCGGCUACGUGAUCCUGUGCGCGGCGCGUGCGGAGGUGCGGCAGCGCGUGCGGCGCGCGCCCGCCGCCACCGCCUGGAGCGGCGCGCUCUCCGCCAUGCAGUACUACGCGACCGUCAGCGCGGCCGACCGGGACCAGCUCGACGAGAACAUCCAGUGGGUAUCAGUGGAAGAGAUCGAGGAGCGAUGGUCGGGCGCAGCUAUCAGCACGCUACCAGAUGUGCCCCGCCUAGUGGGCAGCGGGCACUCCGCUGGUGGUGUGAUUGGACGGACUGUCGGACCUAGCGCGGAUACCGGCCUGGCGCAGCUCCAACGCAUAGUGUCGCGGUGCGCGUGCGAGUUCUACUACGUGUCGCAGGAGGAGAGCGAGGCGGGCGGCGGCGCGGGCGCGGGCUGGGCCUCCGCCCCGGAGCCCUACGACUCGUUCACGCUGAUGCACCACGAUCUGGAUGUCUGCACUAAUUCGCUGCAGUACGCGAUGCUACUGGACGUGGUGAACAACGUGGUGCUGCACGUGGAGCCGGAGCGGCGGCGCGCGCUCGAGCGGCGCGCGCGCAUGCGCUUCCAGCUGCAGCUGCACCGCGACACCGACCCAAGACACCUCAUACACAAGUUGCAGACACAGGUUAGAGAGACGCUAGCAAGACUGCGUCGCCUGGAGAAGGAGUACUAUCUCAAGAACAGGUCUAUAACCGGGAACGAUCCCGUGGCCCUAGCCGAGUUGAAGAGUUUGGAUGAUCAGGUGAACGAAUGCAAAGAGUCCGCUUGGUCUCUCGGCGAGGAACUAGACGCAAUGGUGCGUGCGUGGCGCGAGGCCGGCAGCGCAGCCCGGGCCCCCGCCCCUCGGGCUCCGCACGCGCCCCCGCAUCGAUACAACGAGAUAUGCUUCAAGUCGGCCCGCUGGAGGCUCACUGAUGCGGACGGCCAGUUGGGCAUCGCGGAUCUUUUGUUGACUAACUUCUUAUACACGAAAACAUCUCGUUCAGACGACUCAGUAGAGCAUCAGUUGGAGCUGGGCUAUGUGCGCGUCACCAAUCUAUUGCCUAAUGAACCUUUUCCGGAGGUGCUAGUCCCGCAAGCGGCGUCCGGCCGAGCGCCGCUAGCUCGCCGCGCGGCGUUGCGCGUGUUCUGCCGCGACCGACCUCCCGUGGGGGGUAUCUCGGUGAAAGAGCAUUUUGAAGUGAACAUUGUGCCUAUACGGAUUGGCAUGACAAAGAAAUUCUUCAACACGAUGCUAAAGUUCUGUUUCCCGGAGCGAGACCCUGAAGCGAUGGAUGAAGGUGACGAUGAAGACAAAAACGCGGCAAAGAAACGCAAGAAGAACAAGGACUCCAACUCUAACUUCUACGUGAAGAGGGAUAAGAGGGAUAAAGAUGACGUCGAGAAAAUGAAGGAGCGAGCGGAAAAGAACAAGUUGUUCAUAUACAUAAAGAUCCCGGAAGUGCCUGUGCGUGUCUCGUACAAGGGCAGCAAGGAGAAGAACCUGGAGGACGUGCGCGACCUGCCGCUCGUGCUGCCCACGCUCGAGUACCACAACGUGACCUGGACCUGGCUGGAUCUGCUGCUGGCCACCAAGAACGAUACCAGGCGGGUUUUGGUGUCCCAAGCGAUCAGACAGAAGCUACAACUGCACAGGCGAGCGCCGGCCGCGCUCGAGCCGCUUGAAGAAGAUAAGGCUCGCCUUCUGCUUGGCGACCGCACUGUGGCAGAGAACAAGCCCCAAAAGAAGAGCACGCCCAGCGUAUUCAAAUUUUCCAAAUCAUAGCAUAAGAACAAAAAGUGACAUGACUCAUUGCCGUAAGAGUCGUGUCACUUUUAAUUUAUAUACUAUUUAUAAAUUAUAAGUAAAAAGGUGUAGAUAGGUUUUGCUUAGGCACAUUUUGCUUCAGUUGUCUGUUUUUUGAUCACAAUAGGUGAAUCAUGCCAUCUCACUUUGACGUUAAAUCGUGUGUGCAUUAAUGUACUAUUUUGGCAGAGCGAAUGUUGUGUUGGUAAUCUAUCUACACCUUUUUAAUUAUGUGUAUCAUUGCUAUUUAAUAUUUAUAAAUGACACUCCAAAAUUAUGGGUUGCCAUCUUUCUAUACCAUAUGCAAAAUGUUUCUUGGAUAAGGAAUGGUGGGUGGAAAAUGUUUCUUCGAUAAGAGGAAGGGGAAGGGGAAUUGGAUAAGUAGUUUUGGGGUUUGUUACAUAGAUAUAAAGCAAGAUAAAGUGUUGAAAAUUUGUGAAUGUUCCUUAAUGUUUAAAGUAAAUGUGUAUGAUAAACACUGCUUAAAAUAAGGAUAGUUUCUGCUUAUACAGACUAAUAUUAAAUUAUUUUGGAGUUUAAUCAAUAAUAAACCCAAAAAAUAUAUAAUUUAUUUGUGUAUAUCGAUUUUCUAUCCCCCAGUUAGAAUACAUUAUAUUCAUUUUU